GCGGCCUCUUUAUGCUGUGUGUGUGUGUUGAUGUGCACGCCUGUUAGAGUGUGGUGGACGACUUCACACCAGAUACCUUCAGGAGUGUUGGAGAAGUACCCCGAAAGAACAUAGAUAGCACCACUAUUAUUACUAUCAAGAAAACCUAUUAUAGACCCGUAUGAUGUCACACGCGCCAGGGAAUGACGAUUUGGCAUCCAUUUGCAGCUCUUUGUCGUCUGACGACGGAGUGCGAGGUGCCGAGAGCGGAGGCACCAACGAACACCUAGUUGACCUUCUCACCCGCCCCCGCUCUCGUGGCGGCUACGGCGGUCGGCUGAACUACACCGAUUUCAGCACCCUCGCCCAGUCUCUUGGCUGGAGCAGCGAAGAUAUGGACGACUGCUGGUACGACAUCAUGAUGGGCGAGCCCUCCGCGGAGGCGGUGGACAUGUCGCGUGUGGCGGAGUGCGUGUGCAGCUACUGCUUAGCCUCCCCGCUACCUCUGCUGAAGAGCUACAAGUUUAAUGGCGCGCAGGAGCGGCCUCCGUCGCGAGCGUCCGCGUCGUCUUGCGCCUCCUCCUUCAACGGAGUCGAAGAGGUGGAAGGGGCGUUGGCGAAGACCUGCACCCCACCACGGCCGCCGACGCCACCCCACGCAAACAUGAACGAGAAGACCACGGUUGUGAUUUCUCCGCCGUCGCCGGUGCCGCCGUCAUCGCCGCAGGCGGGGAAGAAAGGGAGGGGCACCACAACGAAGAAAAACACGCAGGAGACACAGCGCACCGUCGCGGGUAGGUUGCCGCGAUACGCGGUUGAGACGGCGUCGAGUGAGCGCAAGAAGCUGCCGAGCGCCUCGCCGCCGCCGCCGUCUCGCCGGCAUCUUUCCUCUCCUCGCACUCCAUCCAAAUCGCCCUCUGGUCCGCCUGGCGGGCACGAGCGCGCCGCCUCCCAGCACGCUUCAGGAACGGUGUUCUUUCGUUUGUACGAGAACGGUAUGGAGCAGCAACGCAAGCGACGUGCCGCCAAGUCGACGGCUGCCGAGGUCGACGUCGCUGAGUGCACCUUCCGGCCCAAAAUACAACCUUACCCACUGAAGGAGAGAGACACGGCGGAGGGAAGGGUGCUGUACAACAAGCCCACCAAGUCGUACUUUGCGAAGCUUGUAGAGGAGGAAGAAACAUGCAGCGACGUGAUUGCAAAGGUGCCUGAGACACCACGGGUGACGUACCACCCCGCGCCAGGGCCGUCUUCGGACGUGCCGGCGGGGUACGUAGAAGGCGUCGCCCGCCUGCGCCGUUACGUGGCGUCGCGGUCGCAGCACGCAGACUUCAAGAGCAGUCUCCGUGACCCGGUGUGCAGUGACGUGGAUCGACUCAUGGAUGCGCCAAUCUUGCGGCUUCCUGUCACGGUAGAGGGCGUCGCCGAAACGGUGGAUGUGCGCCUGGCCUCCGCCAGCCGUUGCCCCCCCUCGAGGCAGCAGCAGCAACCGCAAAACUACAACGGACCGUAUUCCGAAGCCGCUGGCAUUCCCGCGAGGGCCUCCACGCCACGUCGCUCCCCCUCCGCCCUGGUACGAUACAAAGAGCACCCUGCGUAUCACUGA